AGUCAGAGGCAAAUAGUGAAGUGCAGAGGAGAGCAACAGGCAGUCAUCUCCAGAGAGAGCCUGAGAGCAAUGCUCAGUCCACUGACAACAACUCAACAUCUGGACAGUAAGGAAGAGGGAGGUUUUUCAUACUGCAGCCUGCCCUGGGGCCUCAGAAAUCAUCUGCCUUCUUCACAGCAAUGCCUGCACCACAUACUGAACCAAGGACAAAGUUUCUUCACUGCAUGUAGUCUGAUUUGCACAUGGACAUUGUAAGUCCUCUAUGCCUUACCACCUUUAACCUGCUGGAUCAAGGGAUACAAUUUGAAGUUUCACUGUCCACUUUUUUCUGAAGUUGUUUUCCAUGCAAAUCUUAUCAAUAUGCUGCCUGUGGUUUUCGUGACAUGGUGGGUCUGGGUUUUGCUUGGAAGUGUAGGGGGACAGUCCCAAUCUCAGCAUCAGUCUCAGACUGAUGACUCAAACCCAUGGAGACAGAUGAUUCAGUGGGAGAACAAUGGACGUGUGUUCAGUCUUCUCAACAGUGGGGCUGAAUACGUCCCGGCUCGGGCUCAGGAGCGUGCGAGGAACCCCCGAGUGCUUUUAGCAGACACUCUCAACCGCCGAUCACAGGGUGGGAAUGUACGGAGGCAAGCACCCUCCAGAGGAAGCUCUGAGACUGUGAGAGGCCAAGCCAGACAUCCGUUUGGGUUUGGCCAGGUACCGGACAACUGGCGUCAAGGUUCAGCUGGAACAGGUGAAACAAGUCGCUUCCAGUCAUCUACCGGCUCUCGCUUUAGACCAUCCUCUGGCUCAUCCUCCUCUUCAUCCUCCUCCUCUUCUUCUUAUCCACAGUAUCCGUUCCCUCAACAGCCUCCUUAUUCUGCUCCUCAUGACUCGGUUUCGGACAGGUCACACGAACCUCCCUUCCGUGGAACGGGGUACUCCACUGGUGGUGGCUAUGCCGGAGGAGGUUAUGGAGGAGGUGGGUACUCCACUGGAAGUUUUGGAGGAGGUAGCUAUAAUGGAGGGGGUACUGCAACUGAUGACAGGUAUCGAUACUAUCCCUCUUACGGUCAACCAUACCAAGCUGUUCCUGCCCAGCCUGCGCAGCCACCGGUCUCUGAUGGAUUGGACCACAGGUACAUGCACAGUCUGUACAACGAGGACUCUCGAGAUGCUGCAGUACCUGUUUCUAGCAACACGGGCUCAUCGUUCCAGCCUGCGGUGCAAAGCCCCCAGUAUGAACAGUUCCCCCCCUAUGGAAGGCCCCAACCACAGCCUCCGUUUGUACAACCACCUCCACGCAACCCUCUCGUCUCUAACAACGCAGAGAGCCCCAACAUAAAUGCAGGGAGUGUUUAUCGUCCUCAGCAAAGAGGUUUGCCCGACCUGGUUCCUGACCCGAAUUAUGUCCAAGCCUCCACAUACAUUCAAAGAGCCCAUAUGUACUCCUUACGCUGUGCUGCAGAGGAGAAGUGUUUGGCCAGCUCCGCCUAUAGUGAUGACACCACAGACUACAGUGUCAGGGUUCUUCUGCGCUUCCCUCAGAGAGUGAAGAACCAAGGGACGGCUGAUUUCAUGCCCAACCGACCUCGUCACACCUGGGAGUGGCACAGCUGUCACCAACAUUACCACAGUAUGGAUGAGUUCAGUCACUACGAUCUGUUAGAGGUCAGCAGCGGCCGGAAGGUGGCGGAGGGACACAAGGCCAGCUUCUGUCUGGAGGACACGACCUGCGACUUCGGCCAUCUCAAACGAUACGCAUGUACUUCACAUACCCAGGGUCUCAGUCCAGGUUGCUAUGACACAUACAAUGCAGAUAUUGAUUGCCAAUGGAUUGACAUCACUGAUGUUCAGCCAGGAAACUAUAUACUCAAGCUCCAGGUUAACCCAAAGUACUUGGUGCAUGAGUCGGAUUACACCAACAAUGUAGUCAGGUGCAAUAUCCACUACACAGGGCGCUUUGUCAAGACAACAAACUGCAAAAUCUCCCAGUCAUGAUCUGUCAGAUCUGGAUGAAUCUCCAUGGAAGCGCUGUUUCAUUACAAUGUGAAUGGAAUUCCUGGUUCGGUUGCGAUUGUUUAUUGCAUUUGUCUCGGUUCCCGUUUCUGUGCUGUUCUUGUGAAGCUGGGAGGAACAAGCUACGAGCACACACAAUGUCACCCUCAAGCAAAACCAAACACACAGUGAAGAAUCCCAUACUUCACAGCAAAAUAGUGAAGCUUCACAACGUCUAUUUUCCUUCCAGCCACCCCAUUAACCCUGGUUUUUCAUAAAAACACACACUCGCUGCCCCCAAUUAAGUCUAAUUCUUUCACCAUUUUUAAGUGGCUUACAUCACUGGAAUGCAAAGUGAGAUCAGGUAUGGCACUGCUGAACUGUAAUUCUGUCAUUCAGAUAAGAAAAAAAUCAGCAACUGGAAACAAUCCUCCUUUUUUCCAAGCCUCUCUCUUUGUCUGUGCCACUUUAGCAAAGGUGCAAUAUUGAAGAAAGAGUCGUAAGAGAGAACAGCCAGCGUUGUCAGUCACCCUCCAGCUAACCAAUUAAGUAAAAAGUGGUUUUAGUUUGAAUGAGGGGCCUGGAAAAAAAUAGCUUUGGGAUUAAAGCACUUUGAAUAAAUGCCUUGAAUCCAAAAGCUGGAGGCAGUUUAUUAAGGUGUUUUUACCUUGGAGGUUUAUUAUAGUCUUUUACUUAACCUGCUGUGAUUUACAUUAAAUUGGAUUGUAAUGUUGCCUUGUAUGUCAGUCCAUUGAUAAUGCAUUCAAGCCAUACUUGAGAUGUUCCCUCUACAAGCAGCUGAAGCUCUAUUUCAGUGAUUAAGUAAACAUUUCAGGUUCAAUACAAGAAUUAACCGACAGAAUUUGUGGCAUAAUGUUGAUUACCACCACAAAUAAUUUGCAAGUAAUUACACUGAACCCCUUGCAAUGAAAGUAAAUGGCAUGUAAAUUGUAAAAUGUAAAUUGUAAAUUGUCAUAGCAAUGAAAUUGUAAAAUUGGAUGUAACUUUACGCAGAAAAAAAAUAGUGAUUUUCUGCAAUAAAAUCCUGCAUAUUGUUUACAUCUUGUGGCUGUACUAUUGAAACAAGUAUGAGUAUCUGGUUUUAUUUAGUUAAUGGAUUUUCCCCAUUCACUUCCAUUGUAAGUGCUUUAAAACUGUAAUGCUUUUUAAAGAAAACGUGUAUAUAUAUAUCUUUUUUUUUUUUUCUGUGUGUCAAUCAACAUUCAUUUUGCAUUUACCAGACAGUUUUAUCCAAAAGAGACUUGCAUUGCAUUCAAGGCAUGCACUUUAUCAGUUCAUGCUUCCCCUGGGAAUCGAACGCAUGACAUUGCUGUUGAUCUACAUUAACAUUUAUGAAUGUGGCAAAUGCUUUUAUCCAAAGUGACUUGCAUUGCAUUUAAGGUAUGUAUUUAUCAACACAUUCCCUGGGAAUUUAACCCAUGACCUUGCUGUUGUUAGUGCCAUGAUCUACAUUUACAUUUAUGCAUUUACCAGACAGUUUUAUCCAAAAAAGGCUUGCUUUGCAUUCAAGGUAUGCAUUUUGUCAGUAUCAUGCAUUCCCUGGGAAUCAAACCCAUGACUUUGCUGUUGCUAGUGCCGUGAUCUACACUUACAUUUAUGGAUUUGGCAAAUUGGCAGACACUUUUAUUCAAAGUGAUUUACAUUGCAUUCAAGGUAUGCAUUUUAUGAGUCCAUGCAUUCCCUGGGAAUCAAACCUAUGACCUUGCUGUUGCUAACUGCAUGAUCUACAUUUACAUUUAUGCAUUUGGCAAAUACUUUCAUGCAAAGUGAAUUACACUGCAUUCAAGAUAUGCAUUUUUUUCAGUCAGUGCAUUCCCUGGGAAUCGAACCCAUGACCUUGUUGUUACUAUCUGCGGGAGCUACAUUUGCAUUUAUGCAUUUACCAGACAGUUUUAUCCCAAAAAAGAAUUGCAUUGCAUUCAAUGUAUGCAUUUUGUCAGUUGAUGCAUUCCCUGGGAAUUCUAAUGCCAUGAUUUAUAAACAUUAUGUCACAAGUGCUGUCGUAUUGAACUUGUAUAUUCAAGCCAGGAAUAUUCCUCGAGUGUUAAGCUUGUAAACCUUCCUUUGUGAGAUUUACUUGUUCUGACGUCCAUGUUGGAACGUAUCUAUUGUUUCUUUAACUGCCAACACCGGUCAGCUGCCACAGGUCGCCAUAUAUGAUACAAUUAACUCACCGAUGCAUGCCAUUAUCUAGGUAAGAAAUGAAUUUAUUUUAUCAUAUUAUAUUCAUACCCACUGUUCUGAUGUACUGUGUGGAGGGAAAUGCUGUACUUGCUGUGUUACACUCCAGGAAUUCAUAUUUCUUUGUAUCUGAAAUUGAGAUUUAUGCCUUGAUCGUUAAAUCGAACACAGACUUAGUUGAUACUACUGUUGCAAAGCUAACAUUGCAUAACUUGAUGUUACUGACAAUCUUAAUUCUAUCCGUACCUACCUCGGAAAGAGAAAGUUAAACAUAUGCAGUGAAAAAGAGCUCCUAAUGACGCUACGCUUGAAGAGCCCUAAAUGACAAACAUCAAACUCAUAAGCUGUAAUCUAAUAAAUUCUGUUAAAUGCAUACAAAGCAAGCUUUCUGUGAGGGUCGUCGGAUAUGUGUGAAUGGAGAGUGUGUUAUGAUGCAUCACACGCUUCAACCAAAGCUAAAUGAAUUCCUUUCUGUGGUGAGCAGUUCUUUUAUUAUGAAAACAUGUUACAGUGUUUUCCAUUAUCAAGAUCCAGAUCAAAUGCAGAACAGACUUUGUCUUAUCGUAUCUCUUUAUACUCUGCAUAAAUGAUUAUUAUAACAUUGUUUAUAGUGUAGACAGUAAAUUUGUGUUUGGUUGCUAUCUGGUUUUGUGGUCCAUGACAGGAGCAUAUCAGUCUCUUUGAGUUGUUGUUAUCAUUGUUGUGGUUGUCUGUUUUAUUUUUUCAUACUGGAUCUUUAAAUAAAGACUGAAGUGUAUACCA